UGGAAGGGGUAGAGAGGGAGAGGGAGUCAAAGCUGGCAUUUUCCCCUCUCUUCCUCGCCCAUGCUCAGGUCUAAAUGGUCAUUCCACGGCUCUGAGAUCGCCCAUGCUCAGGUUUAAGGAUCGAAGCUGAGAUCUGAGUUGAGCUUCGAGUGGGAGAGUAGGGAAGGUGAUGCUUUGGUGACAAUGACGGCGGGCUCACCUUCUCUUGCCGCGGAGAGGAAGCACUGGUGGCUGAGCAACAGGAAGGUGGUCGACAAGAACCUCCGAGAAGCACGGGUUCUCAUAGCGACGCAAGAGCAGUCAAAUGUAUCGAAGGCGGUGGGCCUCCUCGACGCCGCCCUUGCCCUCUCCCCGCGCCUCGAAGCCGCCCUCGAGCUCAAAGCCCGCUCCCUCCUCUUCCUCCACCGCUUCCGCGAGGUGGCGGACAUGCUCCAGGACUACAUUCCAAGCCACAAGGCCGGCGGAGGCGGCGGGGACGAUGGCUCCACCUCCUCACUCAGCGCCGGCGACCACUUCUCCAUCGUCUCCUCAGCCCCUCUCAGCCGGGAGCGCGCCAACCUCCUCUCCCCUGGCCGCGAGCAGUCCGACGGUGACCGCUCCUACCGGUGCUUCUCCGUCUCAGACCUCAAGCGCCGGCUCUUGGCCGGCCUCUUCAAGACAUCCCAAGGGGAAGGCGAGUGGAGGUAUUUGGUGCUCGGCCAAGCUUGUUGCCACCUCGGGAUGAUGGAGGACGCCAUGGUCCUCCUCCAGACCAGCCGUCGCCUCGCCUCCGCAGCUUCUCGCCGCGAGUCCGUCUGCUGGUCCGACGACAGCUUUGACUCAGCGGCCGGCGAGGACGGCGGCGUGGCUGCCUUCCCUUUUUCUGAGUCGGAGUCGGCCUCCCAGCUCCUGGCUCAUGUCAAGCUUAUCCUCCGGAGGCGCGCCGCCGCGUUGGCCGCGCUGGACACCGGCCUGCCGGCCGAGGCAGUUCGACAUUUCUCCAAGGUCCUCGACAGCCGUCGCGGCCUCCCCGGUAGCUUCGCCGCUGGCUGCCUCGUCGGUCGUGCCACCGCGUACCGCGCCAUUGGCCGUCUUGCGGACGGCAUCGCAGAUUGCAACCGCGCGCUCGCCGUCGACCCUUCCUUCAUCCCCGCCCUCCGAGCCCGCGCCGACCUCCUCGAGGCAGUCAACGCCCUCCCGGACUGCCUCCACGACCUCGAGCAUUUGAAGCUCCUCUACGACGCCAUUCUCCGCGACCGCAAGCUCUCCGAGCCGCCAAGGCGGCCAAACCAUGACAUUCGGUACCGCGACAUUCCCGCCAAUCUCCGUACACUCAAUGCGCGUAUUCAGCAGCUCCGAGGCCGCGUGGCAGCCGGCGAGGGGAACAACGUUGACUACUAUGCGCUAAUCGGCGUUCGACGCGGGUGCACGCGGCCGGAGUUGGUGCGGGCGCACUUGCUGUUGACGCUGAAGCAUAAACCAGAGAAGGCAGUGGGAUUCAUGGACCGGUUGGAGUUGGCAGACGAUCACCGGGAUUUAGACACAAUCCGGGAUCAGGCAAGAAUGUCUGCCUCGAUCCUGUACAGGAUGUUGCAGAAGGGGUACGCUAUAAUGGCAACGGUGAUGGAGGAGGAGGCAGCCGGGAAGCAGAGAGCGAAAGAGGCAUUGGCCAAUGCAGCAGCUGCAGUAGCAAGCCAAGUCUCAGCACUGAGGACGGCGGAGAAGCCAAAAGCAGAAAGGAAUGGUGAGGACACGGCAGUGGCAGCAACAGCGGCGGCUGCGGUGUUGCAGAGUGUGUUUUGCCGUGACAUGGCGGCGGUGGGGAGCAUGCUGUCGCACAGGGCAAUUCCGGUGAACGUCGGGGCACUGAGCUGCUGAAGGAGGAGGAGGAUGGCGGGAAUGAGAUUCGAAUUGUUGCCCACUUGUAUCACUGUACAGCUGGCGGAAGAUGUCAUAUGGAAAUUUUGUUCUACUCUGUGGAUCUUAUACUGUUGUUAGAUUUCUGGCACUCCUCUUCGAUCUUGUGAAUCCUAGUUGUGGUUAGUAUGAUCUAUCAGAUGUUUGUACAGCUUAAUCUUGAGCUUCAAUCAAUGACUACUUCUUUAUCCGCUGCUACUACUUCUCA